AUGGAAUGCCUUCCUGUCGAACUACAUCGAAUGAUCUUCACCAUUUCCUGCCUGGACGGAGGCUCUACUGGCUGCGCACUGAGUGCCGUGUCCCGAUACUUCAGAGCAGCAUCGGCCGACUUGCGAUAUCAAAGUGUCAGCCUGAGCAACUCACAGCAGAUCUCUCUCUUUGAAGACUUGGUCACCUCGAGUCAGAAAGGCGAACAAAGCCUCAAGCGCUUUCGCGUGCGCCAUCUGUUUGUUCGUAUCGGGGCCCCGGAAAAAUCACUGCGGACCCACUUGUACGAAGAAGCACGGAGGGACAUGACCGCUGCCGAACGAACGCUCAUCGUUCCUGACAUUUAUGGGCACUUCGCAUCCCGGAUCCUAUUCGCCAACGAUGAGUCGACACCCUCCUUCUCGCGACUACAAGAGCUUACAAUAUGCGGGCACGUGUUCCUCCCACAAACAACCUCAUUCGCCACCCACCUCACGAAGCUACACUUGGUGGAGAAGGGCUUGACAGAUUGGCUCCGCACUGCUUUUGUAGAACAUCAAUUUCCCGAACUAUCCCACCUCCGUAUGUCGAGCUGUACGGACCGUCGUUACCAGGAGACGUUCCUCGGGUCCAGUGUGGCGGCCAAUAUCAUGGCCCUUGCAUACCUCAUGGGUAUCCUCCCGAGGCGUGAGCUGUUGAUGACAAAGCUCUUCAACACACGUCCCGACGCCAAUGUCGAUGCCAUUGAGGACACGCCGAUCCCGACAGAACCGGGAACAGAAGACUGCAAGCACAUUAUAAUGGUCGAAGCACUCGACUCCGUCAUCAACGCUGUUACUGCUCGUGUGCGCGACGAUCCAGAGCCGUUCAAGCACGCCAGAGGCGAUCUCAUGCUGCACUUCCACCACCCGUAUCUACUACCGUACGAAGUGGAUCCGAGCAUCAAGGAGGAAUGGCUGGAACGAUUGCAAGGUCUACCCGGCCGUUGGCCGGUAGGGGAGCAACACAUCAAAGCUUGUUGACAGGACGUUUCUUUAUUACAUAUAGUGUGUCAAUGCCUCAGAAUGGCAUGAAAUAGAUGGAAAUCACGGAUGUGUUCCACAUGUUGAAGAUGUAGAAACAAUCUUUGUUAUUUCUUUAGAUACAGUGGUGACAUAAAGC